GGUAUAUAUGGUUAUCCUAUAGAAAUCCAAGCUCUUUUCUUUAUGGCAUUGAGGUGUGCUCUUUUAAUGCAUAAACAUGAUGCAGAAGGGAAGGAGUUUAUAGAGCGGAUAGUGAAACGUUUGCAUGCUUUAAGUUAUCACAUGAGAAGCUACUUUUGGCUUGACUUCCAGCAGCUAAAUGACAUCUACCGCUAUAAAACAGAGGAGUAUUCUCACACAGCAGUAAACAAAUUUAAUGUUAUUCCUGAUUCCAUUCCUGAUUGGGUUUUUGAUUUUAUGCCUAUCCGUGGUGGUUACUUUAUUGGAAACGUCAGUCCUGCAAGAAUGGACUUCCGAUGGUUUGCAUUAGGUAACUGUGUUGCCAUUCUAUCAUCUGUUGCCACCCGUGAGCAGUCUGUGGCCAUAAUGGACCUCAUUGAAGCACGCUGGGAAGAACUAGUUGGAGAAAUGCCUCUGAAGAUAGCUUAUCCUGCCCUUGAGAGCCAUGAAUGGCGGAUUAUCACGGGUUGCGACCCCAAGAACACCCGAUGGAGUUACCACAAUGGAGGAUCUUGGCCAGUGCUUCUGUGGCUGCUCACUGCAGCCUGUAUCAAGACAGGUCGACCACAGAUUGCCAGACGAGCAAUAGAGCUUGCAGAGAACCGGCUGUUGAAAGACUGCUGGCCAGAAUAUUAUGAUGGCAAGCUCGGAAGGUAUAUUGGCAAACAGGCCAGAAAAUUCCAGACAUGGUCCAUUGCAGGUUAUUUGGUUGCUAAGAUGAUGCUGGAAGACCCCUCCCAUCUUGGUAUGAUCUCUCUUGAAGAGGACAAGGCAAUGAAGCCACUGAUAAAGAGAUCUGUCUCGUGGACCUCCUGAUGAGAACCUCCAUAGAAAAAAUUUCCCACAUUUUUUGUGGUAGUUUCAUCAAUUUUCUUAUCUUUUUCUGCCCUCCAAAUGGCUUGGGUCUGUACAAUUUAGUCAAUCAUCAACAUUCAAAUAAAGGCAAGUUUUGUUUAUGCAAACAAUUGGAUCAUUUUGUAGCAAAAAAGAAACUCUUAUUUA